GCUCGUUGUCCCUCUGCAUCGAGUGAGCGAGUGGUACAGUACUUUCAACGAGACAACUACAGCCCUUGCCAAAAGUGGACUUUGGCUUGGCUUGGAUCGCAGAUCAUAAGCCUUGCACGUAACUUUCUCUUUUCUCGACUCCAUUGUCAAAGCGCAAAUACAAGCUUUCGGCUUCAAAGCAAAAAUUCUCAUUGGAGUGUCCAAGGACGGCAUUACAAUAUGGGGACUUCACGCCGUUUGUUCAGUACAUGUUUUGCUCGAAGUCACGAUAAUCCGCUGCCACUAGGGGCUACCUAGACGACCAGGUCCACUACCGCAGAUUCCUCGACGAAAUGCUCCCAUUCAGAAACGACCCAUACCCAACGUGAGUAAGGUUCUUGCUGUAGCAAGUGGGAAGGGUGGUGUAGGGAAGAGUACGAUUGCAGUGAACCUUGCCUUUGCCCUGGCAAUGCAUCAGAUCCCUGGUUCUCAGAGGAAACCACGAGUCGGUGUUUUGGACCUGGAUAUUUUCGGUCCUUCGGUUCCCAAACUCAUGGGCUUGGAGUCUGCACAUGAACCUCGCCUAACACAAAAGGGCGCGAUUGUUCCGCUGGUGAAUCAUGCACUGCAAUGUAUGUCUAUGGGAUUCCUUCUACGUCGGUCCGCGGACGGCCAGACGAAGGUAGACACUGCUGUGGUAUGGAGAGGUCUGAUGGUUCAGAAAGCCGUCCAACAACUGCUGUUUGACGUCGACUGGAGAGGCGACAAUGAGAGUGAACCUGGCUUGGACGUUCUCGUGAUUGAUAUGCCGCCUGGUACUGGAGAUGUCCCUCUCACUUUGGGACAACUCGUGAAAGUGGAUGGUGCGGUCAUUGUAUCGACACCUCAAGACGUUGCGAUAUCAGAUGUCCGUAAGGGCGUUUCAAUGUUCAAGAAGGUCGACGUUCCAAUUACGGGCUUGAUCCUGAACACCUCACAUUUCAUCUGCAGGAACUGUGCGACUCCGCAUUACAUCUUCGGCUCACCGAAGUCUUUCCACGAGACAGCAUCACAGGUAGGGGCAAAGGUGCUCGGGGAGCUUCCGCUUGUUGGCGGUGUGAGCGAGGCCAGUGAUCACGGUGUCCCUUACAUGCUUGUAGGGGAAGGGAAUCAGGAGUGGAAGGGUACUAUGAGUCGGAUAGCAGGCGAGGUCUGGGAUUCUUUGCAUUAAACACGUAGUUUCAGGCUACGAACCUCGUCUUAUUGAUUCAUUUGCUCAUCAUGUACGUCUAUAUGAUAUGAGAACGUGCCAAUCGACAGUAUGGCGAUAGACACAAAAAAUAGUAUGUAAGCUAUAUGCAACAUCUAACCACUCCCUCACGGCUCUCCAUCAUACAUCGCCAACGACAAAAACAAGUCAUCAAUCUGAUCCUCAUGCCACCCGCCCUGUACGACUGGUAUAGGCACCAUGAAAUGUUGAAUUUUCUCAUGCACCUCAUACC